AAUCAAGGAGGAGAGGGGCUGUCAACAACCGCGACAAAUCGUCUUGACGACUUCAUUUCACCUGAUUCCACUCUCGUUUACCUGUUCUUCUUCUUGGUUCGCACGAUGGUUGACUUUAUUUUCGAGUUUUGAUACCAAGAGAGUGGAAGCGAGCUGCAUAUUGUCUCUCUGCGUAGAUCUGCCUCACUCUCCAUUCUGCCAAAACAGUGCGAUUUUUGUUUGAAGCAUUGUUUAGGUAGUAUAUUGGUAACUGUUUGAUCAUUUAGCUGGUUAUCUGUAUAGUUAGUCGCUCAUAAUUGUUGCAUUUAAUUGAUUUACAUUUUUUAGUUUGUCUUUUGCCGUCAUGCUUUAUUGUAAUGCGGUUUUAGCAGGCUAAAGAAACAUGAAGUUUCUGAGGUGAAAUCCCUACUGUGGUAUACUCUGGUGCGCAACAGACCUCCAUUAGCAAUUGGCUAGUCUCUUUUACCAAUAAGCAUCCCCAUCAAACCAAGAUAAACAAUUUUAUGGACGGAAGCCUAAGUGCACGAUGAGGUCCCUCCAGGACUUUUUGAAUUGCACUUAAAAAAGAGAGCGAAGGAGAGAGAGGCUACAGGAAGCGACGCUUGCCAACCCUCAAAAACACCAAACAUACCCGCCGCAUCUUAGCCUUUGAAAAGAAUUACAACUCUUGAUUAGGUUGCGAGAAUAUUUUGAUAUCAGACGCUCUUAUUUCUCAGUAAACUAAAGGAAGAUGAAGAAGUUUCGGAAGGUACUGGAUGGCCUGUCUUCCUCCUCUCAGGGGGCUGUCGCGUCCCCGUCGUGCAGCAGUGCAGCGGGUACCCCGUCCUCUCCACAGGAUAUCAAUGUCCAGGAGACGCUACUCUCGGAAAACUUUCACAUAUGCAAGACGGUACGCCAUGGCUUCCCCUACCAGCCCACCUGCCUGGCAUUCGACCCCGUCCAGAAGAUCCUGGCCAUCGGCUCCAGAACAGGAGGCAUACGGAUACUGGGCCGGCCUGGUGUGGACUGCUACAGCCAGCAUGAGAGUGGAGCCGCUGUUCUCCAGCUACAGUUCCUCAUCAAUGAGGGAGCUCUGGUCACAGCAUGUGCAGAUGACACACUGCACCUGUGGAACCUUCGCCAGAGACGCCCAGCCAUCCUGCACUCGCUCAAAUUCAACAGGAGAGGAUCACGUUUUGCCACAUCCCCCUUCCAGAGUAAAUGGCUGUACGUUGGCACAGAGCGUGGCACACACAUCGUCAACAUCGAGUCCUUCGUUCUGUCUGGAUACGUCAUCAUGUGGAACAAGGCCAUAGAGUUAGCAACUAAAGCCCAUCCAGGACCCGUAGUCCAUCUGAGUGACAGCCCGAAGGAUGAAUGCAAGUUGCUGAUAGGGUUUGAAAGUGGAACAGUAGUACAGUGGGACCUCCGGGCCAAGAAGGUUGACUUCAGAAUCUACUACGAUGAAGCUAUCCAUUCUGUGAGCUGGCACCAUGAAGGGAAGCAGUUCAUGUGUAGCCACUCAGACGGCAGCUUGACGAUGUGGAACCUGAGGAACACAGCCAGACCUAUUCAGAUCACAUAUCCUCAUGGGAAGAUACUGAAGGAAGGGAGGAAGGAGGCGUGUAAGCCCAUCCUCAAGGUGGAAUACAAGACGUCCAGAAACAGCAACGAGCCCUAUGUCAUCUUCUCUGGGGGUCUGUCAUACGACAAGGCUGGGGGACGGAGGCCUACCCUGACCAUCAUGCAUGGCAAGGCCAUUACGGUGCUGGAGAUGGACCACCCUAUCGUAGAGUUCCUGGUGCUCUGUGACACCCCAUACUCCAACAAGAUCCAGGAUCCUUUCCCCAUCUUUGAGAACCCAUACCCCAUGGACAUCCACGAGUCUCCUGUUACCUGCACAGCCUACUUCGCCGAGUGCCCCCCAGAUGUCAUCCCAGUCCUCUACUCCGUAGGAGCCAAGCAGAAGAAGACCGGCUACAGCCACAAGGUACGCAACAGUUCAUAG